CGUGACCGUCACCUGUUCUUCUAUCCUUUGUUGUUUGGCGGUCCAAAUUAGCGCCAGUCUGCACUGCUAAAAAAAGUAACCUCUUCGAUCCUUUACCUUGAUGAUUUCAAUUUCCUCUUAUUAUAACCUUAUAUUUUACAUUUUACAAACGCAUAUUUCACAGCCCUAACAUGUCAGAAGUUGAACCUGAAGUCGAGGAUGUAGAAGAAACUGUUGAGUCGGAUAACAUCGCUAAUGACACGGCGUCUUUGGAUCCUGAAGAGUCAGAAGGUGAAGCUGAAGAGGCAGAUGGGGAUGCAGAAGCUGAAGGAGAAAAUGAUGCUGAGGAAGAAGAAGAAUUGGAUGAUGCAACUCCUGAAGAUGACUCUUUGACACCUAGUCGAAACGAAGAGGAAGACGAUGAAGACCCUGCAAGUCUUCUAGAAGCGAUUAAAAGGGAUGACAAAGAAUUUGACACUAAACUGGAAUCUGAUCGAGGUAGAAGAUUCGACUUUCUUUUACAACAAACUGAAAUAUUCUCUCAUUUUAUGACAACGGGUUCAACCGUGAAAGAUGGCUCGCCCGUGAAACUAAAGCCGGGACGACCGAGGCUGAAGAAGAACGAUGAAAAGGCUAAAUUAUCAGCUGCAGGAGAGCAAAAGAAAACUACUGAUGAUAAGGUAAAAUUGUCUGCUGCAGGGGACCAUCGCCAUCGUAUGACAGAACAAGAAGAAGAUGAAGAACUACUGACAAAUGCUACAAAAAAGAGCUCCAAAGCUGUCAUUCGUUUUGAAGCAUCACCAUCAUAUAUUGCUAAUGGUGAGCUUCGUGAUUACCAAGUCAGAGGUUUAAAUUGGAUGAUCUCCUUAUAUGAACAUGGUAUUAAUGGAAUUUUAGCUGAUGAAAUGGGUUUAGGUAAAACCUUGCAAACUAUCUCCCUUCUUGGUUAUAUGAAACAUUAUCGUAAUUGCGAUGGUCCUCAUAUGGUAAUUGUGCCUAAAUCUACACUUGCAAAUUGGAGGAAUGAAUUUGAAAGGUGGUGUCCGUCACUAAAGGCAGUUUGUCUUAUUGGUGACCAAAAUACAAGGAAUGUAUUCAUCAGAGAUGUCUUAAAUCCUGGUGACUGGGAUGUGUGUAUAACUUCUUAUGAAAUGAUCAUCAGAGAAAAGGGAACAUUGAAAAGAUUUAACUGGCGCUAUAUAGUUAUAGAUGAAGCUCAUCGUAUCAAAAAUGAAAAAUCAAAGCUUUCUGAGUUUGUUAGAGAAUUCAAAUCCACCAAUCGCUUACUGCUAACAGGUACCCCAUUGCAAAAUAAUCUCCAUGAGCUGUGGGCUCUUCUGAACUUUUUACUACCUGAUGUGUUUAACUCUUCAGAAGAUUUUGAUGCCUGGUUUAAUACAAAUAAUUGUCUUGGAGAUACUUCACUUGUGGAGAGAUUGCAUGCAGUUUUAAGGCCCUUCUUACUACGACGUUUGAAAUCUGAAGUAGAGAAAAAACUGCCUCCUAAAAAAGAAAUAAAGAUUUAUGUUGGUUUAAGCAAAAUGCAAAGGGAAUGGUAUACUAGAGUUUUGAUGAAAGAUAUUGAUAUUGUCAAUGGUGCAGGAAAAGUUGACAAAAUGCGGCUGCUGAACAUUCUAAUGCAGCUUCGUAAAUGUUGUAACCAUCCCUAUCUAUUCGAUGGAGCCGAACCAGGACCACCAUACACAACUGAUGAGCAUCUUGUUUACAACUGUGGAAAGAUGGUUAUAUUGGAUAAAUUGCUGCCCAAAUUACGUGAACAGGGAUCAAGAGUACUCAUUUUCUCUCAAAUGACAAGAAUGCUGGAUAUUUUAGAAGAUUAUGUUUUAUGGCGUCAGUAUCCAUACUGUCGUUUGGAUGGGCAGACACCCCACGAAGAUAGAGAGCGUCAAAUAAAUGAGUUCAACAUGCCAAACAGUGAAAAAUUCAUAUUUAUGUUGAGUACAAGAGCUGGUGGCUUGGGUAUUAACUUAGCUACUGCUGAUAUUGUCAUCCUGUUUGAUUCUGACUGGAAUCCACAAGUAGAUUUGCAGGCUAUGGAUCGUGCUCAUCGUAUUGGUCAAACUAAAAGAGUUAAAGUAUUCCGUAUGAUUACUGAAAACACAGUGGAAGAGAGAAUUGUAGAAAGGGCUGAAGUUAAAUUGAGAUUGGAUAAUGUUGUUAUUCAACAAGGUAGAUUAGUUGAUGCACAAGCUAAGUUGGGAAAAGAAGAAAUGCUUGGCAUGAUUCGGCAUGGUGCAGAUCACAUUUUUGCAUCCAAAGAAAGUGAGAUUACUGAUGAAGACAUCGAUGCUAUUUUGGAAAAAGGCGAACGCAAGACAUUGGACAUGCAAAAGAAGCUUGAGUCAAUGGGAGAAAACACCUUGCGUAACUUUACGCUGGAUGCUCCGACUGAAAGCGUGUAUCGCUUUGAAGGUGAAGAUUACAGAGAAAGGCAAAAGAUCGCUGGAAUAGGACACUGGAUUGAACCGCCAAAGCGAGAACGUAAAGCUAACUAUGCCGUUGAUGCCUACUUUAGAGAAGCUCUUAGGGUCAGUGAGCCAAAGGCUCCAAAGGCGCCAAGACCUCCUAAACAACCAACCAUUCAAGAUUUUCAGUUUUUCCCUCCAAGGCUUUUUGAACUACUGGAUAAAGAAAUCUUUUACUUCCGAAAGACCAUUGGAUACAAGGUUCCAAAGAACCCUGAUCUGGGUCCUGAAGGAGCAGUUUUUCAAAAAGAGGAACAGGAAAAAAUCGAUGAUGCUGAACCUCUUACUGAAGAAGAAGUUGCAGAAAAGGAAAGAUUGCUCAAUGAGGGUUUCACAUCCUGGUCUAGAAGAGAUUUCAAUCAGUUCAUCAAAGCAAAUGAAAAGUAUGGCCGUGAUGACAUUGACAGCAUUGCUAAAGAAGUGGAAGGAAAAACUCCAGAGGAGGUCAUAGAGUAUUCUCAAGUGUUUUGGGAACGGUGUCAUGAAUUGCAAGAUAUCGAAAGGAUAAUGGCUCAAAUUGAACGAGGAGAAGCUCGUAUUCAACGAAGAGCCAGCAUUAAAAAAGCUUUGGAUGCUAAGAUGGCUCGCUAUCGAGCACCAUUCCAUCAGUUAAGAAUAGCGUAUGGAACUAACAAAGGGAAGAAUUACACGGAAGAGGAAGAUCGUUUUCUUGUCUGCAUGCUGCAUAAGCUGGGCUUUGACAAAGAAAAUGCUUACGAUGAACUAAGAUCAGAAAUUCGCAAAGCACCUCAGUUCAGAUUUGAUUGGUUCAUAAAAUCUCGGACUGCUGCUGAGUUGCAACGACGCUGCAAUACCUUGAUUACUUUAAUUGAAAGAGAAAAUCAAGAAUUGGAAGAAAAAGAAAAGGCUGAAAGAAAGAAGAGAGGACCAAAGCCUGGCAUUCCAAAAGGUCCUCAAAAAAGAAAAUCCGAUGGAAUACCUGAUGGAAGAGGUCGUAAGAAAAAGAAGUAAAGCUCCCGGGUGGAAUUUUAUGUUAUGAUUUUAAAAAAUUAAAUGAACUUUUUUGUUUUACCCUUUAAAAAAAUGGUUGCAAAAUUAUCUUGGUCUUGUUUUCUGUAUGUGCAUCCCCUAAGUUAUAUAAUUUUAUCAUUUGGCCGAGGAAAUCUAGCAAUUCUUUUUUUAUUUUAAUAUCAUGUAGCAAAUCAUUGGAUUAUUCAUUGUACAGUUUGAUACUAAGUUUAUUUUAUGUGUUAUUAAUAAAAUGUACAUUUUAAAUUCAA